CUCCGGUGUCGUCAGGCUGUAGCUGUUGCUGACUGUUGUGUGGAGGAAACAAGACUAUCUGGAAGACAAACCGCGAUAAAAGAGAAAAACACAAGUUUACACAAAGUAAAUUUAUGUUCAUAGGCACUGUAUGAGCUGCUAGCGCCUGGCAAUUCCCAUGAGGCAUUGCGGGAAACAAACCGGAAGUAAAUUCCGUCUGGUCAUCUCUGGAAGUCAGAAAGGACUCAACAAGAAACUAUCUGUAAAACUUCAAUUCAUAAAAAACACACAUUUAUGCAAACACAUUCUGUACAUAUGAGCUACUAGCGCCAGGAAAAUACAACUACAACACCCACGAGGCGAACUAACCGGAAGUACAUUCCUGUUGUCUGGCUGUGAAACAAGACAACUCUCAUAAAGGUGUGUAGAAAGACUACUAUCUGGACUCCUUGCGCACAUAAAGGCCUCAGGCUUGAAGCUCACAAAGAGAUGGAGCGGCUCCCAGGAGGAGGCACGUUACCAGCCCUGAUCUUAGCAAGCGUGGGGGUCUUGCUUCUGUAUCGUGUACUCUGCCGACUCAGAGCGGGCGCUUCACUCCAGGACGCCGUGGUGGUCAUCACGGGCGCCAGCUCCGGACUGGGCAAAGAAUGUGCUGGUGUCUUCCACAGCGCGGGGGCUCGGCUGGUGCUGUGUGGGCGAGAUGCAGCACGACUGCAGCAGGUGGUCCAGGAGCUGGUGGAAGGUGCCAAGGAUAGAAAGCAGCAGUUGUACACCCCAAGGACGGUGACCUUUGACCUGUCCAGCACAGACUCGCUGGACGACGCCGCUGACGCCAUCUUGAAGUGUUACGGCCAAGUGGACGUGCUCCUCAACAAUGCUGGAAUCAGUUACCGUGGCAACAUACUGGACACCCACCUGUCCGUUCACAAGGCGGUCAUGGCAACCAAUUACUUUGGGCCUGUGGCUCUCACGCAAGCUCUCCUGCCCGCCAUGGUCCGCAGGCGCAGCGGCCAUGUUGUGGUCAUCAGCAGCGUCCAGGGCAAGAUGGCCAUUCCUUACAGAUCAGCCUACUCCGCCUCCAAACACGCCACCCAGGCCUACUUCGACUGCUUGCGUGCCGAGGUGGAGCGAUACGGCAUCUCUGUGACCGUCAUCAGCCCAGGAUACAUCAGGACUAACCUGUCCGUCAACGCUGUCACAGGCGACGGCACCAAAUAUGGAGUGGAGGACCCCACAACGGCCACAGGUCGUGACCCCAGAGACGUGGCCCACGCCGUCCUGAGAGCAGUGCGUGUCAAGAGUCAAGACCUAAUCCUGGCUGGACCACUGCCCACUGCUGCCAUCUACCUGCGCACUCUAUGCCCCGCCCUCUUCUUCGCCCUCGCCAGCUAUCGUGCUCGCAAACAGCACAAACACAAACCUGCUUGAGUCCUCAGGGGGGCGCCAUGGAGGGCUCGCUGACAGCCAGCUCUUGAGGCGCCAUGGAGGGCUCGCUGACAGCCAGCUCUUGAGGCGCCAUGGAGGGCUCGCUGACAGCCAGCUCUUGAGGCGCCAAGGAGGGCUCGCUGACAGCCAGCUCCUGAGGCACCAUGGAGGGCUCGCUGACAGCCAGCUCCUGAGCCAGGUCGUUGAAGCGAGCGAUGUAGUCCACACUGCUCUCACUCAUCAUGCAGGCCAGCUGGGAGUCCACCUGGAGCACAAAGCACUUCUAAUUGUGUCUGUGCUGAAAACAUUAAUAAUUGUGUGUGUGCUGAAAACAUUAACAAUUGUGUGAGGUGAAAACAUUACAAAUUGUGUGUGUUGAAAACAUUACAAAUUGUGUGAUGUGAAAACAUUACAAAUUGUGUGAUGUGAAAACAUUACAAAUUGUGUGUGUUGAAAUGAAAAAGAAGAGGACCCUCAAUCAAUGAAGCGAUACGGCACCAAUUCCUGCUACUUGUAAUAAAUGUUUGAUGAUGAAA